AUGGCUCCUUUGAAUAGUUUCGUCUGCAUUUGCUUUCUUAGCUUUCUUCUCUGUGGCAUCAAUGCCGUUCAAGUCACUCAUGAUGGAAGAGCCAUCAAACUUGAUGGAAAAAGGAGGGUGCUAAUAUCUGGAUCAAUUCAUUAUCCUAGAAGCACACCUCAGAUGUGGCUCGAUUUGAUUAAGAAAGCAAAAGAUGGAGGAUUGGAUGCUGUUGAAACAUAUAUUUUUUGGAAUGCUCAUGAACCUGUUCGUCGUCAAUAUGAUUUCACUGGCAAUAACGAUUUUAUUAGAUUUCUCAAAACCAUUCAAGAGGAAGGACUUUAUGCUGUACCUCGCAUUGGCCCCUAUGUUUGUGCUGAAUGGAAUUAUGGAGGGAUCCCUGUAUGGGUUCAUAAUCUACCCGGUGUCGAGAUUCGGACGGCAAAUCAAGUGUUCAUGAAUGAAAUGCAAAAUUUUACGACUUUGAUUGUGGAUAUGGUAAAAAAAGAAAAAUUGUUUGCAUCUCAAGGCGGUCCCAUAAUUUUAUCUCAGAUCGAAAACGAAUACGGGAAUGUGAUGUCCGCUUAUGGGGAUGCUGGCAAAGUUUAUAUAGAUUGGUGUGCUAAC